CGAAGAUCAGUCGGGUACGGUGAGUGAGUGUGAGCUACUCGGACUAGUGUUAAAUUGGCUAACGUUCAUUGGGAGGAGGAGUAAAGAGAAUGAGAAGCUAUUAGUCCGAAAAGAAUCAAACACAUCGCAACCAAGACUGAUACGGGUCAUUUCGAACGCCAGCGCCGGGCGACACGCCCCCUUUCACUAAGAGAGCAACAAUGGGAGUAGUCAGGCCAGCAGUGACGGCUCUAUUGCUGCUGGUGUCAGCGGUGCAUCCUGAGGAAGACAGAUGGAGCAAGCCAGCCACAGCGGAGCGACGUCAGGGCGACUGGGUGCCUCUGACUUGUGCCAACUGUCGCCCCGUGGACCAAGGAGCGCAGGGGUCCAACAGUCUGCCUAGUGUUCUCACCCCUCCACCACGAGUAGAGGAGGCCAGACUGCUGCCACCCCCUCCACCUCCUCCUGACGGACUGUUCCAGACAGCUGCCACAGGAUUCUUGCAGCAAUACACUCAGCAACAGCCCCCACCUCCUCCCAGGAAACCACUGCAGUUCUUGCAAGAGACAUCUCCAUCCAUUAACAGACCGCAAGCUCAAUUCUUAAAGUCCAAUGGUCCUUUGAACCAAAAGGCUCAAGGCUUUUUGCAAGAACCCAGUUCCGAAUUCCAGCCUCCACCUCAGUCGAACAGGCAGCCACAGUUGAUCAAUUUCAAUCAGCAACUGCUUGCCGAACAACCUUACCUCAACCAGCCGUUGUUCCUUGGACCUCAGUUUGUAGCUGCUCCGUUCUUCCCACAGACAAGCAUUCCUCCUCAGAAUGUUCAACAGAUAAACCCGGCUCAAGUUCAGCAGCAGAGUCCAUUGUUGCCGAAUGUACUUCCUGCCAACAACCAAAAUUUCCAAGUAGCUGCUGAUAGACCUGUAUUUCUGCAACAAAUAACUGCAGGAAAUCCAGAAACUCCGACUGAGAAUCAACAAGCUGUCAGUCAAACGCCGGCUCCUCAACUCCAAUAUUCGGUAAAUGGCACUGACAGUCAAAAAGAUGAAGGGGAAAGAGAAGAAGUCCAGCUAUUGUAUGUUCCAGUAGAGACACUCAACCAAAGGGCGAGAAAUCUUGGUAAGCAAAAGUCACUAGCUUCAAACCAGGGUGUGGCUGCACAGACAGUAGGAGCAGAAAGCAAUACAUUCACUAGCCCUGGACAAAACUUUGCCUUUUCUACUAGGAAGCCCCAUUUUGAAGAUCAAAACAACUUCAAUACACAAUUUCAUGCAUCAAAACAUCAACAUGUAAAACAGCAGUUUCAACAGCAGCUUCCACCAGUCGACCAGGAAAAAUUUAAUAGCCAAAUACACACUGUAAGGGAGCAGUUCAAUGUUAACCAAGGGGACAAAUUCUUGCAGCAAUCAUUGUCGAAAAAUCAAGAAAACCUUAGGUUAGAAACUCAGAAUACAAAGCAAUUCAACCAACCAGCAUCUCAGUUUCAGGCACAGUUUCAGCAAGAUCAAAUAUUAAAUCCACAGUUUAACACACAUCAACAAAACUCACAGUUCCAUCACCAUCAAACUCACAAUGUUGGUCAGCAGCAGCAGCAAUUCCGAGCUCAGCAACAGCAACAACAACAACAACAACAACAACAACAACAACAACAACAACAACAACAACCACCACCACCAAUAAAUCAAUUUGCCAGUUUUAACCAGGACGUUCAGCAAGAUCAGGCCAAUUUCAAUGCACAACAAUUGAAUGGAAACCAGCAGCUGUCUGGACAGUUCCAAAACAACAACUUCCAACAGCAACCAGUUCAGCAUCAACAAGAGGCGAUUAACAGCCAAGGGCUGACAAGGCAGCAAUUCAACCAGCAGUUCACUGAUCAAAACCAACAGUUCCUUCAGCAACACUUACUACAAGUAAACCAGCAACCGCCAUUGCCAGGAAAGGAACAGCAUUAUAUCAAUCAGCCAAUUACAUUGAAUCCUGGUCAACCGCAGAUUCAGCAAUUUGCAACCCAGCAGGCUCAACCUCAAGCACAGUUUAAUGUACCUGAAUCUCAAACUGUUGCUCCUGCAGUUCAAACUAGACAGCCCAUUACUCUUGCACCUGAACCAGUAACUCAAACAAUACAGCCAGCAAUUUCACAGCAAUCAAAGACCCAGAGGUUUAGAAAUCCUCAAGUUGAGGGCUCUAAAAACACACAGCGCGUACAAGACCAUCAGCACCGCCGAUUCCCAGAGGAUUACCAAAAACAAUCAGAGGAUAGGGCUAAAUUCGCCCAGGCAUCUACAGUUGGGACGCAAAGUUCUAAUGUUGAACUAAGACAAAACCAGCAACAAUUCUGGUCCAACCAAAAUCUCCCAAACAAUAAAUUUGAACACGAAAUUUCAUCUUUCCAGCCUGACCAUCAUUCAGUUUCAAGUGUGGCCCCACCUGCGUCAACAUCACCACAUCCACAGACCACACUAGCUCCUAACCAACCACCAUUGUCAGUUUAUAUGGAAACUACUGAGAAUACUAAAGUAAACGAUGUUUUAAGAUUGCUGAAAAAUGCUAAAUCAAUUCAAGUCCUUGAUACAAUAGGGCCAGAUUCUCCUCAGGUAUUUGUUGGGCCAUCUAAUUUGAAUGCACCUGCUGGUUACAUUAAGUUUGAACUUCCUUACUUGAACUCGCUGGAUAGUAACAGAGUAGAGAGAAAAGUAGACAAAUUGCCAUUUUUCGUGGCGCCUUUGAACUUUAACCCACCGCCUGGUUAUUCUAAAAUACCAUUCCCAGCUCCUCACAUAGGUUCCGUAGUUGUAUCAAAUGAUACUGUAUUGAGAACUGCUUUUCACGAUAAACCUUUCUUCAACGAACCCGCACUAGCUUCAACAUCAGAGAGGUACUCUGAUCAGUACACCUUACCAGCUCAAAUUUCUCCCAUUAGCCCACAGUUACCGCCAUUGAUAAACUCCCUGCAAGACGAGAUCUUCACUGGAACAUCCACACCAUCAUAUUCUUCAACAACUGAUGAAGCUACUACAUCGAACCCAGUAACUUAUACAACCCCGUCUUACAGGGGUCGAGGUACCAGCCGGGGGUCUCAAAGAGGUUCAUCAGCCUAUACAACCUCAACCUCCCCGAGUAGAAGGCCACAGGCUCGUACAAGGCGGCCAUAUGAUGGGCGACCUUACUCUCGACGUCAGCCUGUCACAACACCUUCUACAACUUUAGAGCCUUCGACAGAAACUCCAAUCCAGCAGUACACUCCAAAGCCAGAGCUAGCCUUCAACAGUCAAGAUUAUUCAGUACAAAACACUGCUUCUCCCUUACAGACACAGUCUGUUAACAAUCCUUCCACAUUGCAGCCUGGCUUUACUGGCACAUACUAUAAUGAACAAUUUAUUGCCAAUGUGCCUACAGGAAAUCAAUUUUCUGGACAGGGUGGACAAAACAUUCAGCAAGAGACAGUUGUCGACAAUGGACAAAACUUUCAGCAAUAUCAGCAACAGCAAAACAGUUAUAAUGGUCAGAUAACAGCAGAAACCACUGCAGUUCCCACAGCGGCUACAUCUGAGGUGCAAGUAGAUGAUCAGAGUUUUAGGACUCAAAGGCCAACAGGGUCUAGAAAAGAUUCCCUGAGACAUCACCAGAGAUUCAGAGGUAGACAACGACUUACCACUUCAACAACCACUGAGAACUAUGAACAGCCCUCUGAACCUGCACAGAGCCACUUCACACAACACACAAGCAGUGGCAUGGUUUACCAAAAUGUACCAAAUAGACACCAUCUAAAAAAUCAUGAUCAAAGUAGACUGGUUGAAAAUACCCACUUCACAGCCAGUGUACCCCAACAUGCUGUUCAAACCGAACGAGCUGAUGUUGGAAUACAGACCACAGAAAAAGUCUUCCCCGUUCAACAUGAACAGCAAUUCAUUCAACAGCCAGUAGACAAUGUGCAACUCAAAUCUCAGAUAAGUACACAAUUUCAAAACCCAGCUGUAUCUCUGGGAGACGAUCAAGUCAUAAACCAAGACAAUCUACAACAUCAAUUCCAGUUGGCACAAGCACAAUUUGCCCAACAAAACCAGAAUAUUCAGCAGUCAAAUGUCAAAAUCAAUCCCCAAGUAAAUGGAUUUGAUUACGUACCAGCAACACAGCAGAAUGUUAAGUACGAAAAUGACAACUUCCAACAAGAAAGAUUCACACAAAAUUCAAACCUUCAACUUGCUCAACAAGGAAAUAUAGGUCAAUUUCAGUCGGAGAGACCAAUUACGAACCCAGUUGAACAGACAUAUUUUGAUCAACAAAACCAACAAGAAAGACAACCAACAAUCCAAGAUGUCCGUAAUCAGUAUCAAUACAUCAAUGAACAAAAUAUUCCACCAACACACAGUCAACAAGAGGGAACAAUAAAUGGUGUUCAAAAUCACCAGGCCGAACAAGCCUCAACGAUUGGUCAGUUUGGACAGCAUGUUACUGAAGUUAGUAACUCUUCUCCUCAGGAAACACCAAUACAAACUCAACAACCUGAAACAGCAACAUCCCAGGUAGAUGAUGCCAACAACGCUCAACAUAACCAACAACGACUUGUAAAGUACAACAGGCCACAUAGUAGAACCCAAGUAACAGGUGAUUCCUCUCAGGCUGAUGGACAAGCACCAAGAAGAGGUCAGUUCCAUUACCAAUCUGCGGACGAUGUACCCAGCACAUCCGAACCAGCUACAACUAGAGCAUCACUGGUACGAGUGAGAGGGAGAGUGCGAAACAGGCAGCGGGCAUCGACAAGAGUGACAACAACGACAGAAACACCAAACUACCCAUCCACAUACCUGAACAGACAGAGGAACACGGCUGAGAAGGAAGAAACACAAGAAUAUGUGCCAAAGAAACGUGUAACGUAUAGCAACCGACAAUCGGUCAGCUCCUUCAGACAGAACGUUAAUAAGGAGGAAGACAACGAACAGAGCUUUACAGAACCAAACUAUGCUAGCACUGACAGACAGUCGACUGCUGACAGGUAUGUUGACAAUACAGAGAUUUCAACCACCACUACUGAAGCCACUACCAACAAACCAAGAAGGUACCAGCAUAUUCUCAACAGGAAUAAGGUGCGACGUGUAAGGCCAACUAAUACUCCAUCAACUUCCGGGUCAUAUGGAACAACUAAAUUUUUACUACCGACAACCACACCACCAGUCACCCGUCUCCCAGCCAGCAGGGGUAGGAUAAGGAAGCCGGUGAACACCAAAACAACAACCACUACUGAGUAUCCACAAGUAAACAAUUGGAAUGACAGAGAUAAUUUCGCUCCUUCUGCAGGAAGCAAUGAGAUUUUGGAACCUUUGUACCAAACAAAAGACAAAACUCAGCAGACCUUUGGUUUCCAGCGCACACCUGUAGCUCCACUAAAAACUACUCCGAAGCCACAACCAGUAGCUGAAGAAGAUGAUGACUACUGGAGCCAAGCUGUUACGAUCCAACAGAGUACGAGUUUUGACUUUAAACCAGAAGGGUCUCCAGUAACACCACCGUCGUUCCAAGAAAACCGAGGUCAAGGAACAUUCGCUCCCAUCUGGAAUGGGCAGAUUGAACUUCAAGACGGGAAUUACUAUGAUAUUUUCAGCCAGCAACAAAUAGCAAAGAACGCUCAGGACCAAACACCGUUUUCAUCUGAUCACCAGAAAAUAGUGUACACUGAUAUCAAAAGUAGGAUUCCGAUAGGCAAAGAAAACCAAUACAGUGAAAAAAGCGAAGUACAAAAGCAAAAUGCAGAAGAAAAUUUAGAAGAAGAAAAAGUAUAUCCUGUUUAUAGGGAGGUUGUUAAGCCAGCCGAGACACUACAGGAAGAGACUUCACAAGUUGUGGCUGACGUUUACGAAGGUGAAAGGAAAGCAGUUCAUGAAAAAGACGCCUCAGACCUGUCUGAAAACAAUGAUGAAAGGAAAGUUCAGUACGAAGAGUCAGCCAGUUUUGAACCUGAACAUGAAAUAAAAGAAGGAGCCCUCAAGCGGAAAAUUAUUGCAACUCACCCAGGCAAAAAGGGAGGCCGCAGACGUGGUAGCUGGGUGAGAGUGCGAGUCCGCAAGCCGCAAGACAUGUUCGAGACAGCCGAGUCACAAAACCUGGCCAGCCUAUCAGAGAACGCUAUCCAAUCAGUGUCGAAGACGGUCGGUGAGAAAGCAGCAUGGACACCAGAGCCUGAACCGGUCACCGAAGCUCCACAAACAACUGUCAUCUCGGAGGUGGCUGAGGAGCCUGUUGAAACCAUCAACUUUGAGGACGCCCUCAAGAACAUGCUGAAAGAGUUCAUCACAAACCCCGAGGAAGAAAAGGAAGAUGGAGAAAUCGUUAAAGAGAACACAAACUCCACUUCUGUAGAGUCUGAAGAAUCGAAACUGGUAGAAAACAGUUCAAGUGCUGACAGUGAUGUGAAGACAGGUGAGGUGGAAAAUGAUGGAUCCAAAACCAAAGAGCAAGAAGAAAACGCUGAUUCUGAGAGGUCAGAACAGAAUAAAGACGAAGUAAAAACCGUUCUUCCUGAGGUAACGACUGAGGUAUUUACUCAGGAACCGACGACGAUUUUCCAACCAGUUGAAAACGCCGAGACCACAAUAGAACCCGAAGUAACGACUUCUAACGACCAAGCACCAAAACCUAGGGUUUUAGGUACAUCAACGACUACACAGAUCUCCUUAGAAACAGAAAUCUGCUACAGGGGUCGCUGUGUGAAGACAAAAAAAGGCGAAGCUGACAGUGACUUGUUAACAAUGGAAUAACAUGUAUCGAGGCCAAAAAGAUUAGUCACAACUAUUUGUAAAAAGUGAUGACAUGGACACAAACUAGUGCGAUUGUUGAUGUAAAAAUUAUUUAUUGUAAGAUGAAGAUAUUUCAGUCGUGUGCUACAUGUUGAAUGUAAAGUGUACCAUAGAACCCACAAGAUUUCAACUUACUUUUCUGGACAUGACUGAUUGUAUUAUAAGCUCAAGUGUUAGUGUUAUUAUUUAUGUUUAACAAAUUAAGAUAUAGCUUUAGUUAUUCGAUUGUAAUGAUAUUCAAGACAAGUGUACUGAAUAUGUGUAAAAUAAAGUGAUAAUUUGUAUAAAAUUAAACUAAAGAGUUAUCACUCUGA